UCGGGGGAAUACACGGUCACUGACCGUGGGACGUACCUCACGCUCAGCAACACGGACAAGGAUCUUGCGGACCAGCUCGAGAUCUACAAGCGCGGCGAUGAGUACGAGGAGCUGCUCAACCCAGCCGAUAUCAUCACCUCCAAGGACUCGGAUAACAAGGAACUGGCGCGGGGCUUUGUGCAAUGGGUCCUCAGUGGCGAUGGCCAGGAUGUGAUUGCAAACUUCCACAAGGAGGAUGGGUACUGUCUGUACAAGGGAUUCCCAACCGAUGAUGGUGAGGAUGUUGAGGCUUCGGACUGCAAGUGGGAGCUGAGCUAG